ACGUGCGCACGGCCCGACCCGACCCCGACGGCCUAACCCCAUCAUCCCUUCUUCGGAUCCCCUUCCCUUCGAGAUCUAGCUCACCUCUAUCCUUGAGCCAUGCCGGCGGCCGUCACCCGACCGCCGCCACCGGGCUUCUUCACUUUUCUCAAGCACGGCGUCCUCCUUCCGGCGCGCCACGGUCGGCUCUUCCUGCCGCUCCUCGCCCUCACCGCCGCCCUCGCCGCGGGGCUCCUCCUCGCCAACUCCCUCGCCGUGCAGCCCCUCGCCGCCGCCGUGCUCCUCGACGCCAACGCCAUCAGCCGCGCCCACCCGGCCAGCGCCUCCUACCCGGGCCUCGUCAGGACGCUCAACCGCGACCUCAGGCGCCUCCUGCUCGACGUCGGCGCCUGCCUCCUCGCCGCCCUGCUCGCCGGCUCCGCGAUCAAGAUAGCCACCGUCUACGCCGCCGUCGCCGCCUUCUCCGCCCCCGAGCGCCCCACCGCGUCCGCCGUCCUCGCCGGCGCGCGGGCCAACUUCCUGGGCCCCGCCCUCACCGUCGCCUUCGGGUACGCCCUCGAGGUCGCCUGCGCCGCCGCCAUCGUCGCCCUGGCGGCGCUCACCGUCUACCUCCUCGACUACUCCCUGCUGCUCCUCUUCCUCGACGCGCUGCUCGUGCUCCUCGCCUCGCUCUUCCUCGUCUACCUCACCGUCGUCUGCGCCGUCGCCGUCGUCGUCUCGGCGGCCGAGCCCGACCGCCGCGGCCCCGCCGCGGUCUCCCGCGCCUGGCGCCUCAUGCAGAGGAAGAACGCGCAGGCCGUGCUCUACGUCGUCGCCACCUGCGCGCUCGGCGCCGCGGUCUCGCCCAUGUACACGCUCGCGCUCAGGCGCUGGCCCAAGAGCGCGUGGACCGGGGUGGCCGCCGGCGUCGCCUACGUCCUCCUGCUCGGCGCCGUCGAGGUCUUCUCCGUCGCGGCGCUCACCGCAUACUACUUCGAGUGCAGGGAGAGCAAAGAGGAGGAAGACGAGAUGGCGCGUCACAGAUACGCAAAGCUGCCCAAUGGAGACGAAGCAAAUAUUUGACCAAUUGCCAUUCAUUCAUCACCCAAUUUUUUACUUGUCAAUAUUAUUUGUAGCAAACAAAUACUACUACUAACAGAGAACACGCAAAAUUAUUUAUUUUUUGCAUGGCAUGUGACAAUCUAUGAGUGUAAAUACUGACAAGUGCAAAUAGAAAUAGAGCAGAUCGAAUUCAAAUUUCCACUGACAUAUAAAA